AAUUGCCUAUUGUAGACCCGGAUUAAUUCGGUCUUUGCACGUGCGUAUUCAGUCUUGACAAAAAUUAGAAAAUUGUAUUGUAUACCUAUACUAUACCAUAUAUAUUGUGAUUAAAUAAGCAGUCAUGACCAUUACGCGUUUUGUUAAACAUUAUUCAAAAUAUAUGUAUCACAGUACUCGACGUUAUUUAAAUAAUGAUCGUACAACUCCAACAGUAAUAAGAAGGGAUGAUAAAAAUGAAAAACACAUUGUUUGGCUUGACAUGGAGAUGACAGGUUUAGAAGUAGAACAAUGUCACAUCCUAGAACUGGCAUGUUUAAUAACUGAUGAACAGCUAAAGCCUGUUAGCGAUUGCUUAAACAUUAUUAUACAUCAAACGGAUCAAGUUUUAGAAAACAUGUCCAACUGGUGCAAAGUACAACAUAAAAAGUCUGGCUUAAUCAAUGAUUGCCGCUCAAGUAAAGUUACAUUGGAAGAAGCUCAACAAAAAAUGCUACAAUAUUUGCAGAGCCAUGUACCAAGAGGAAUGUGUCCGUUGGCUGGAAAUUCAAUCUAUAUGGAUCGUAUAUUCCUCAGGAAAUAUAUGCCAUUGAUAGAUAAUUAUUUACAUUAUAGAGUUAUCGAUGUCAGUACAAUCAAAGAGUUGGCUAGAAGAUGGCAACCAAACAUAGAUAAAGCAGUUCCGAAAAAACGAUAUUGCCACAGAGCUGCCAUUGAUAUAAAAGAUAGUUUGAACGAACUUUAUUAUUAUAAAAACCAUUUAUUUGUGAUAAAGGAGUAAAAAUUAAAUGAGAACGGGCUUAUGGAUAUUUGUCAUAUGAUUAUAUUUUAUCAUUACUUUUGUAAUAUAUUGACAAAAUUUAACAAGUGAACGCUAUAAAUUAUUGUAUGGUAAAUUAUUGUAUACUUUAAAGCUUCGAAAAGCUGUUGAAUUAUAUGUAAAGAUGGAUGUUGAA